AUGGGGCACGAUCUGGAUGAGGAGAAGGAUGACAGGGGCACAGUCUGUGUCAAAUAUCUGUUGUUUCUAUUCAAUUUCUUCUUUUGGAUUGGUGGAGCUGCAGUCAUUGCAAUGGGUUUAUGGACCUUAAUGGAGAAAAGCAGUUACAUUGCUUUCCUAGCAUACAGUACUCUAUCGGUAUCAGCAUACAUUCUGCUAUUUGCUGGCGGUGUAGUCAUGAUCACUGGUUUUCUCGGCUGCUGUUCUUUGAUUCGAGAACAUAAAACCUGCCUUACAAUAUAUUUGGCUAUUCUUAUCUCAGUUUAUGCGGCAGAACUUGGAGCUGGUGUGCUCUCUUAUAUGUACUAUGAAACAAUAAGUGAAGAACUUAAAGAAAAUCUUAAUGAAACCAUGGUACAUAACUACGGACAACCGGGGAUGAAAGACAUCACUUACGCCAUUGAUCACCUACAGCAGGAUUUUAAGUGUUGCGGCAGCACAAGUUAUGAAGACUGGAGUUACAGUUUAUAUAUUAAUACAGCAGCGAAUAGUGGUCGUAGAAAAGUGCCUGACAGCUGCUGCAAAACUAUGACUUUAUCCUGUGGGGAACGGGACCACCCCUCAAAUAUAUAUAAAGUAGAGGGAGGAUGUAUUACUAUAUUGGAGGAAUUUAUACAGGAGCACCUUCUACUCAUUGGUGCGGUUUCUAUAGGGAUUGCCUGCUUUCAACUGACCGGAGUGAUGCUGAGCGCCUGCUUCCUGCAUAUCCUCUAUAAGGAAGAAAGAGAGGCCUACAAUGCUAUAUAA